AUGGCAGCUGAGGAAAACGAAUGUCCGACUCUCCAGCUUUCCAAGCAAAGCUCUGAUCCUGUGAAAUCAUGGGAGUUUGACUCAGUCCUGGCCAAUCGCACACUGAGCUUCGUGUCCAGGGUGGAUGAGCGCUACUUGUGCCCAGCGUGUGGUGGCAUCAUCCUUAACCCCCACCAGACAGGCUGUGGCCACAUCUUUUGUGCCAAGUGCAUCAGGAAGUUCAUUGAGAAUGGUGACACAUCCAAAUGUCCCUUAGAUGGUAUUUUGAUCAAGUCAGAGGAGGUUUUUCAAGACAACUGCUGUAAGAGAGAACUGCUAAAUCUGGAUGUUUACUGUACCAACUCUCCAGACUGCACACACAAGAUCUCUUUAUGUAGUUUGCAGAACCAUCUAAAAGUUUGUCAGUAUGAACUAGUGAAAUGCGUCAACCCAGGCUGCACUGACAUUCUCUUACGCAAGGAUCUGACAGACCACCAGCAAAACCACUGUCUCUUUCGCACAGAAUUGUGUCGCUUUUGCAGAAGCCCGUAUCUUAUCACCCAGCUACCGGACCAUGAAAAGUCUGUGUGCUCUGAGGCCGACGUUCAGUGUCCCAAUAAAUGUUCUCAAGUGCUUAAGAGGAAUAAGCUAAAUGGUCAUAAAGACGAGUGUCCAGAGGUGGAGACGGACUGCAUGUACAAGCAAUAUGGCUGCACUGUCAGAGAUAAAAGAGGCCAAGUAAAGAUUCAUGAGUACACUGAAUUCAGUCACCAUGUGCUGCUGGUACUGGAGAGCAACAAAAAACUCUCAGAACAGGUGGAUCAGCUGCAGCAGAAUUUGGCCCUGCAGGAGGGGGAGCUGAAGGAAAAAAACCUGCUGGUCGCUAAUCUUAAUAGAGAAGUGACCAAGUGUGACAACACGCUGUCUGCUCUACAGAGGUCGAUGGAGGAACAGCAGGAGUGUGUAUCUAGUGUUAAACGAGAGCUGCAGGAUCUUCGCAGUGUGCUGGAAGCUGAGCUGGCUAAAGAGGAGCUGAGUGCCCUCCGAACGUCUCUAGAUUCACUCAGAGAGCAAGUGGUGAUGACCCAGAGCCUCCGAGAACAUCUGGGUGCUUUAGGGCAGACCUGCCAGCGUCACACUCGUCUGCUGGACAUUCACGUGGAGCAGCUGCAGUGCAAUGAGCAGCGUUUCCGCCAGCUCGAGUCCACAUCAUACGAUGGCAAGCUCAUUUGGAAGGUGCAUGACUACCAGCGCAGAAAAGAUGCGGGCACACCGCUCAACUCGCCACCUUUCUACACCGGUCGCAGCGGCUACAGGUUGAGCGCGAGAGUCUAUCCGGACGGGGAAGGAACAGCUCGUGGGACGCACCUCUCUCUCUACGUCAUGGUCAUGAGGGGCGACUUUGACUCGCUGCUGCCGUGGCCGUUCCGCCAGAGCGUCACGCUGACCGUGCUGGACCAGAGCGGCUCACGAAACCACAUCAACUGCAGCUUCACCCCCGACGGCAUCACUGAGAGCUUCCGCAGACCCACUGCCGACAGCAAUGCCGCUUUAGGCUUCUCCCGAUUCAUCUCUCAAACUGACCUGGAAGCUCCCCGGAAUGCAGUCUACAUUAGAGACGACACACUGUUUAUAAAGGUCAAGGUUGACACAACUGGCCUGGAAGAUUUAUAGUGCAUUCUGUAGAAGGGUCAGUGGAAGGGCUCUGGUAAUGUUGAAUCUUCUAAGCGUCCACGUUUUCAAUACACCAUUAAAGACUAGGUCUGUGUAAUUCACAAUUAAAGAUGUAGUAUGUAAGUUUGAUCGUGUCGGAGACCUCUCUGGUGGAAAUAUGUAACUGCAGGCAGCAUUUUGGAAUGUCAGCCUCACUGCAUAAGCCUACCAAGUGCAGUUUAGCCUGAUGGUUAUAAGCUAAAAAUCUACACA